AUGGGAGGUUAUGUGUUGGGUUCGGCCAGAUCGGGGCAAACGAUAAUGGUGGCUCUGGUACUGGUGGUUGGAUCAUUCUUCUCCGGCUAUAUAUUCGGAAACAAUGCACCUAUAUACAUUCCCGAACCUUCUUCCAAUUCUUCUUCUUCUCCAUCGCCAUCUGGUCAAUCCAAUUUCGCCAACAAAAUAGAGCUCACUCACCGAAGAACCUCUGUUGUGAUCCCAGAGAGUGGGAUAAAUGUUUGCCCAUUGGAGUUCAACGAGUAUAUCCCCUGUCACAAUGUCACUUACGUGCAAGAGCUUCUCCCAAGCUUGAAUGUUUCUAGAAGAGAAGAGCUUGAGAGACACUGCCCACCACUUGAACAGCGUCUCUUUUGUUUAGUGCCUCCGCCUAAGGAUUAUAAGAUACCAAUACGUUGGCCGACCAGCAGAGAUUACGUGUGGAGAAGCAAUGUGAAUCAUACACAUCUUGCUGAGGUCAAAGGAGGGCAAAAUUGGGUGCAUGAACAAGGUCAGUUAUGGUGGUUCCCUGGUGGCGGCACUCAUUUCAAACACGGAGCUCCAGAAUACAUCCAGAGGUUAGGAAACAUGACGACUAACGAAACAGGCGACUUACGUUCAGCUGGGGUUGAGCAAGUUCUUGAUGUUGGAUGUGGAGUUGCUAGCUUUGCAGCUUAUCUUCUUCCUCUAGGUAUAAAGACUAUGUCUUUUGCCCCUAAAGAUGGUCAUGAAAACCAAAUCCAGUUUGCGCUUGAGAGAGGAAUCGGUGCAAUGAUCUCUGCCAUAGCCACUAAACAAAUGCCAUAUCCCGCAGCCUCAUUCGAUAUGGUUCAUUGUUCAAGGUGUCGUGUUGAUUGGCAUGAAAAUGAUGGUAUCUUGAUUAAAGAGGUUAAUCGCCUUCUCCGACCCAAUGGAUACUUUGUUUAUUCAGCACCACCUGCUUACAGAAAGGAUAAAGAUUUCCCUGUGAUUUGGGAUAAGUUGGUCAAUCUAACCACCGCAAUGUGCUGGAAGCUCAUUUCCCGAAAGGUACAGACUGCAAUAUGGGUUAAAGAAGAUGACGAGGCUUGCCUUAGGAAGAAUGCAGAGCUUGAGCUUAUAACUAUAUGUGAUGCGGAAGAGAAAGCUUCAUGGAAAGUUCCUCUUAGAGACUGUGUGGACAUUAAUGGGAACAUACAACAGAAACCCUCUUCUUUAGCUGAACGUCUAUCGUCAUAUCCAACGAGUCUAAGUAAAAUAGGCAUCAGCGAAGAUGAAUUUACGCUGGACACAAACUUCUGGAGAGAACAAGUGAAUCGUUACUGGGAGUUGAUGAAUGUUAACAAGACUGAGGUGAGGAAUGUGAUGGACACAAAUGCCUUCGUUGGUGGAUUUGCUGCAGCUAUGAACUCAUAUCCCGUUUGGGUCAUGAAUGGUGUACCUGCUACCGCAAACGAUACCUUAUCCGGAAUUUACCAGAGAGGCUUGACCGGUGUUUAUCAUGAUUGGUGUGAGCCAUUCUCAACUUAUCCCCGCACGUACGAUCUUCUACACGCAGACAGUCUCUUGUCUCACUACCAAGUCAACGGUGGAGGUUGUUUACUAGAAGACAUCAUGCUUGAGAUGGACCGCAUUAUACGCCCUCAGGGAUUCAUCAUUAUUAGGGACGAGGAAUCGAUCAUCUCAAGAGUCCGAGACUUGGCUCCUAAAUUCUUAUGGGAAGUUGAGACACACGAGCUGCAAAAUAAAUACAAGAAGACAGAAACUGUUCUGUUUUGCAGAAAGAAGUUCUGGGCAAUCGUCUGA